UAUUGCUCCUGAAAAACAGGAAAGGUUACUAACUGCCUCUCAAAUAUUCCUUUUCCAUUUGCUUUUUAAAGAGUCACUCUAAUUCAGGGGGCCAUUUUGUCCAGUUAUGAAACCUCUCCUUGUGCUAGUGCUCUGCUGUAGUUUCUUUUCAAGCAGAGCCACCCCUCUUCCAUUCGAGUUUUCAGACUGUGAUGACUCCGAUGUCUUGGAAGCUGUCGACACAGCACUGAAGAAAUACAAUGGAGACAGAACAACUGGUAAUCAAUUUGCUCUAUAUAUGGUGAUGGAAGCCAAAAAAACAGCAGGUCCUGACACACAAUUCUAUGUGAAAUAUAAAAUACGAGAGACCACUUGUGCCACUGAGGAAAAGAAACACUGGAAAGACUGUGAUUACAAAGUACCUGCAGAAGCUGGAACUGGAGAAUGCACAGCUCGAGUUCACAUCAAUAAGGAUGAAAAAACAAGUAACGUUUCACAAGAUUGCAAAACUGUUCCAGCUGCGACAAAGAUAACGCUCACUGAGGCUAUAUGUCUUGGAUGCUUUCAACAUAUAUCAAGUGACUCUUUACAAGUGUCAGAAAUUCUGAAACAAGCCAUUCAAAAGUUUAACAGUCACGGUGAUGAAGUUGCCCUUUUUAAACUUGUUGAAAUAAAAGAAGCAAAACGACAGGUGGUAGCUGGAUGGAAUUAUAUAAUUAAAUAUGAAAUCAAGGAGACUAAUUGUUCCAAAGACCAAUUUCAAGAUUUAAGUCCAGAGUGCAAAACCACUUCUACAGGGCGUGUAGGUAACUGUGAGACCAAAGCAUAUGAAAGUCUUAAUGCACAGAUCACAGAUAUUGCAAGUCAAUGCAAGUUUCCAGCUGAAGAAACGGUAAAUCCUCCCACUCUCAUUUGUGCUGGUUGUCCAAGGACUAUCCCAAAAGACAGCCGAGAACUGAAAGAGCUACUGGAGGUUUCUAUGGAGAAGUACAAUUUGGAGACCAAUGAUGAUUUCUACUAUAAAGCUGGAGACAUAGAAGCAGCAACAGUUCAGGUGGUUGCAGGAAAAAACUACCAUAUAAUAUUUACAGUCAAGAAGACAAACUGCUCAAAGAAAGAGUUUGAAAAACUUCAUGAAGACUGUGAUGCCACACCUAACAGUGUACCAUUGAAAUGUGAAGCACAAAUUUAUGUGGUCCCAUGGGAGAAUAAAAUCUUGCCCCAGGUUAACUGCACUAAAGAGUAUUUACCGACUCUCCUUGCAAGAAGGCCUCCUGGAUUCACCCCCUUCCGAACAGCAUCCUUUAUACAGUAUCAGCCAGCUAAAACAACAUCCUCUGACAAAAAUGAAGGAGAAAGUCAAACACCUAGCAAAGAAACAAGAAAAGAUGAUGGACAUGGACCAGAAGGUGAAGGUGAACCUGAGCAUAAACACAGGCAUAAACAUGGGCAUAAACACAGGCAUGGAUUUAAAAAGGAUCAUGCGUCUGACAAAAGGCAUGGGCAGGACACUGAUUGUGGGCACCAAACUGGCCAUGGGUGUGGGCAUCGACAACACAGUAAACAUGGUAAACAUAAACAUCCAAAACCCAAAUCUUCCGAGGAAUCGGAUGAAAGGGUUUUUAAUCACAUGGAAACCCUCCCACCAUCCACUGCUGAAAUGGUGUCAGAGCUAGUUACUCCCGGGGCUGCAAGACAUGCAAGUAGUAUUCCUGCAGAAACGGUAACUCUUCCUCAUACUUUUUUAUUUAAUGGGUUGCCAGAUCACUCAGAGUCUCCUCUUCCCCGAUGUCCUGGAAAACCAUGGAAGCCAAUUAUGGACCUCCCAGUUCCUUCUAGCUUUCCCAGAGAACUUACAGAUGAAGACCUCUUACCUUCUGCAGUAGAAAACAUCGAUCCAACAACAGAAAACUCAAAUCCUACCCAAAAUGAAGAGACAAGCUUCGACCUUUCAGAUGCUUUACAAUAAUUCAAACAUUGUAUGAUCCUCUUCUGAGGCCACACAUAGAAAAUCAAAAAAUUAUUGUCCUUUAAAAUCUAUAAAAUACUAGAGGCAAAAAGCUCCUAUUCUGUUAGCUAAGAUAUUCAAAUAGGUCCCAACACUUCUAGAGACCUAAGACCACGAGUCUGUGUUUGCACAUCUUUGCACAUACGACAAAGCUGUAAAACAGGCAUGGCAUCAUGGAUGCAGAACCAGUCUAUUGAAGGGAAUCCAGGACAAGUCAACAGCCUUCUGCUGUAGACGUUACAGUAGUAACUCACUCAUCUGUCUCGAGAUGCUAUAACCACACAGUGAAUCACUGCAUCAAAUCUCACUAUAUUAUGCUUAAAACAAUGGCAUAAAGAAUUUUGCAAAUUACAUGAAGAAUCUCAACCAAAUAUUUCUGAUGGGUAAGACAAAAGCAAGCCAUUAUAGAACAAGGAUGCCUUCUUUAGAUAUCUAAAAUAAUAUGUCUCUGAUUUACUUGACUGAAAAUUUUUUAAGCACAAAACAAAACACAGGAACCUGGUUUACCUGUCAAUGUCUUUACUCUAAUUAAUAUUCCCAUCAGUCUAUCACUAGCAGGUGAUCUUGUUCGAAGAGUUAAUAGGGGCAGCUGACAGAAACCUAAAUAAAGUAUAUUCCCCACGUGUAGUAUAUUAACUACACAGCAGAGGCACUAUCGACUGACAAAUUUUCAUGUGGCAGAGGUGCACAAAUACUGUAGAUCAGAUGACAGAAUUGAAAACACUUGAGAUACCUAAAAGUUGUCUGACCUCUUCCAUUACAAGGGUUAGCUUAACUCUGGAAUCUACCAAAGGCUGAGCUCUUGAUGGGAAUCUUAGCUAAAAAGUACCAAAUAUUUCUGGCAAAUAAUGCCAUGAAAAUACAAUGUUUUCACGCUGUGUGGAUCCGAUAACUCAUUCAGCUGGAAAAACAGCCAGCAAUAAACAAAUAAAUAUUUUAACAUCAGAUCAGUUCACCAAUCUGAACCACUGCUCAGUCAUCUUAAAAGUUAUUGAAAGGGUGAGGUGCUACAAAUGGUUAACACUUAAAUGGUUCUGCUGUGUAAAGGACCACAAAGAAUGAAACUACAGUCUAGGUAUCCUCCAACACAGCUGCAGAGACAGAACAGUAUAUUCUCUGAAAUUGUUCAUCCCCACUGUUGGGAUUGGGGUGGCAUCAAGACUAUAUAACCAACAGCUAGAAAUGUGCCCUUCUGUUGUGUACUGCACUUCUACUGCCAUCACCCCACUGGUGAGAAAGAACUAGAUAGACAAAGACUGAUACAGAAUGUAGAACAGAUAGAUGAACAGGGCCAGGAGCCUUGUCAAGAGGGGUAGGGGAGGCUCUUGAAGAAGAUAUUUACAAGGAGAGGUCAGAAGUCAGAGCUGGAAAGGACAGGAGCAUCAGUGGAAUGAUGUGGGAAUGGGUGAAGAACAGAAAAGAGCAGAAUCUUAGUGGCAAGGAUGGAAACAGAGUGAAUGGGAUGGACAAGAGACCGGGGGUGGGGGGUGGGGGGGGGAGGGUAGCACUGUCAAGAAGCAAAAAGGGGAAAGAGCUGGAGAGAGGAGGUAAAAGCAAAAGAAAACAGCAAGAGCCCACUGUGGGGGGACUCUCUAACCUUGAGAGGACAGUCCCCUACAAAUCACAGAACUGAACUCACACUUCAUGAAUCUAAACAUUCCCUUGCUGUACAACCCACUGACAGUGCACACACGCCUUCCCUCUCCAGUGCCUGCUUCCUACCAAUGUCAACAACCUUCUGUGUUCAGUUACUUCCCUACCUCAAGUGGUAGCUAUCAACACUGUGACUGAAAGAACUCAGCCAUUCUGAUAAUCUACAUUGAAGUAGAGUCAGUAUGAUUUUGCAUUUGCAAUUUCUUUUCAAUUUUUCAAUUAAUUGUAUCAAAAGCUACAUUGAAGUUAUAUUUUAAAAGACGUGAACUCAAAAAUUAGAAAAUGUCCCUAUGAAUCUAAAUUCAGCCUGGUUACCUGCAUCUAAACAUUUCUUUAACACAGUUUAAUUGUCUGCUAUAUAUGCAUAUAUUACACAGAAAACGACCUGCUGUGACUGGAUGAUAUAUGAGAAACAUUGCAUUUUCCUUUCUUUUUGAAAACAAAGCUAGCAAUCUUUAACAAACCAAACAGCUUAGCUGGAGCUUCAUGGUAAGGUAAGAUAUAAAAUUAAGAACUCUUGGAUCUAUCACUAAUCAGAUCUUGUAGCUUUUUCAUUCACUUCCUUCCUUGCAGGAUAAAAUGCAAAAUCUAUCUCCUUUUUAGCCCAUGACAGAUACUAAACUUAUGAAGCUAGGCAAAGGGAUAUCUAGAGAGUUAUCUUCAGUUGUCUGCUUCUCUUCUUUUUCCUGAAUAAUGACUAUUAUGAUUUGGGCUGUAACUGGGAAUUUUUUCUGUAUGUGACAUUAUUAAAAGGACUAUAAGCUUGAAACAGUUUCUCUU